AUGUUGCUUCGUCUCAUCUUACCAUGGCUUCUGUCCAUAACAAAGGCAACAGAAGUGUCGACCUUAUUUCAGACGAAGCCUGGCUGCCAGGACAACUGCGGGAACAUCAGCAUCCCAUACCCGUUUGGUAUAGGAGAUGAUCCAAGCUGUUUCAUGGAUUACGAUUUCAAGUUGAUCUGCAACACCUCUAGUGACAAUCCUGUGCUGCAGACCCAAGACGGCCAGCCCGUCUUGAACAUAUCAUUGCAGGGCCAACUGACGACCUCCAUUCAAGUCGCCGUCCAGUGUCAGGUGGGGGACAGCAAGCCGUGGAAUAGCCCCUACUCUGCACUUCAACUUCAGAAAGCGUACAGGGUCUCCAACAUCAGAAAUAUAUUCAUGUCUGUCGGUUGUGAGAUGAAUGGAAAUUUGUACGACUACAUGGGCAAGGUGCGCUAUAUUAGUUGCGAUUCGUUAUGCUUGGAGGAUACUCAAAUAACAGGAUUACCUUGUGCAGGCCUUGGAUGCUGCCAGAGCUCGAUACCCAAGGACCUCAGUUCUUUCUGGGUAUACAUUGAAAAUUAUUACAGCGUAUCCUACAGUGGAAAUGCCAGCAAAUGCGCAUACUCCGUUCUGUCAGAGCAGGAAUGGCUCAGCUCGCAUGUGUUCGACCUCUGGACUAUGAGAAAUAACUUGGAUUACCUUCAGAAAAUUAGGUUGAGAAAUCCAUUAAUACUUGACUGGGCAAUUCGAAACAAGACCAGUUGCGUGGAAGCGCAAAGAGUAGCGGCUGAUUAUGCAUGUGGGAACAAUACCUACUGCACGAACUMAACAAACGGACCUGGAUAUCUUUGCCAUUGUAUGGAAGGUUACGAUGGGAAUCCUUACCUUCCCAGUGGAUGCCAAG